AUGAAUCUCCCUGAUCGGUUAUGUCAAACAACGCAUGUUUAUUGGUGGAUUCUGCAACAAGUUGGCCGUGAUCGACCAUGAAACAAGCAACUAUUCCUCGUUGAUAUCCGGUCUCGAGAAAGUCUCUUCCGCAUCUUAUAAGAUUUGAAGAUAUGGUCCCGGAAUUGUUUAAAAGGGAUGUUAAUGACCAGACCAUGCCUCAAGUGAGGAUUUCCACCCUCGACUGAAAUCACUCUAGAUUCAUCAGCUCCCAAAGCCCCCGAAGUCUCCAAACCCACAGUCUACGGCCAUGGAGAACACCAAAGACCAAGAGGCACAUGCCGGCCAUGUAGACUACCAAGAAAAGCCUAAAGACGGUCUUGUUACAGGACAGGCCGACAAGUUUGGGUCAGUCGCCAAAGUCGAUCCCAAAGAAAUUGCACUCGUUCGGAAACUGGAUAGCUAUCUCAUGCCUAUGCUAUGGUUGAUGUACUUCCUAAACUUCCUCGACCGUAACGCUAUCGUCAAUGGCAAGCUCAAUAACCUCGACAAAGACCUCAACCUGAAGGGAUCUGAGUACAAUACCUGCGUCAGCAUUUUUUUUGUUGGCUAUAUCACAGGGCAGAUUCCGUCCAACAUGCUGGUGACACGCAUCAAGCCCGCAUAUUACAUGUCAGGCUGGAUGAUGGCAUGGGCUAUCGUGUCGACUCUCAUUUGUGUUGUCAAGGACUAUCACGGAAUGCUUGCGUGCAGGUUGGUGCUUGGUCUUACUGAAGCACCGUUUUACUCAGGCGCCUGCUACCUUGUCAGCUUGUUUUAUACGCGCAAAGAGGUUGCAACACGACUGGCAGUAUUUUACACAGGCAAUUUGCUUGCAAGCUCAUUCUCUGGUCUGAUCGCCGCUGGCGUCUAUGCCGGUCUAGAUGGACGGCACGGCUUGGCCGGGUGGAGAUGGUUGUUCUUGAUACAAGGUGUUAUCACAAUUGGUAUUGCCGUGGUAGCUUUCUUCGUGUUGCCCAAUGCUCCACUCCAAACUUGGUGGCUUACCCGAGAAGAGCGCGAGUUAGCUCAUUCUCGCGUUGCAAAGGAUACGACUGAAAAGCGACAGGGGACCAGCACAUGGUCUGGCCUCUGGGAAGCUGUCACUGAUUAUCGCACCUGGGUCUUCGCUCUCAUGGGUAAUCUUCACCUCUCAGCUAACAACUUCAAGAAUUACUUACCGACAGCCGUUAAGUCACUUGGUUUCAGUACCAUAAUAACGCUUUUGCUAACCUGUCCCCCGUACCUGAUUGGAGGUGUGACAUCCGUUUUGGUAUCAUGGUCAUCAGGAA